AUGGACAAGAAAAUUUUGGGAAUGUUGAAAAAUGCUGUUAAACCACCCAUCAAUGAUUAUAAAAUCAAAUGGACAACAAGUUAUGACAAACAAGAUGAAGAUGAAAAUAAACUCUUUGAUUAUUUUAAAACAAUAAAAAAACCAGAAAAACCAGAAAAACCUAAAAAAGAUAUUGAAAAAUUAUUGGAUCAUGUUAAAUUACAACAAGCACCUUAUAAAAUACCAGAAAUUUAUCCAGGUGUUAGGUUUACAGUUUAUUGUAUUUUAUCAAAAGGUGUUCAACCAUCAAAUGAAAUUAUCUUGACUGCUAAAUCUUCAGAUGGGCCAAUGAAACUUAAUAUACCAAUAGAUCAUGUAACCUUGACUGGAUCAAAAAUUCAUACACUGGCUGCCAGGAAACUUAUACAAGAUUUGGAAGAAAACAGAUCAUUUAUUAAUAAACAUCCUAAAUCUAAAGAUAAAACUAUUCCUGAUUAUAUAUUUAAAGAUUAUAUUGUUAACUUGGGAAUAAAAUAUAAUAUAAUCUCAAAAUAUACAAGUUUUAUUGCAAUUGAUGAACAAUCAAAAGAAUCAAUUUCCCAGUGGCCACCAGAAGUUAGACAUGUUCCAAAUAAAGCAUCAUCACAGAUGUCUGGAUGGAAUUAUGGUCUUAGAACUAGUACUAAUCCUUAUGCUAUAACCCCAACAUCAGCAUUUAACAUAAUGCAUUACGAAAAACCUUUUGCAUCUCAACAGCAACAGCUUUGUUCUCCCGUAUCAUAUCAGGCACCUCAACAGCAACUAUAUUUUUCUCCUGUAGCAAGGAAUAAAAAUAACAAGAUCAAGACUGGCAUUUUACCGCGGGGGAUUGGAAGAAAAAAUUUACGGUCUCCACUUCCUUCUUCUAACGAUAUUAAUAAUGAUCAAAAUCAAAAUCAAAAAGAAAGAGAGGAUGUGAUGAAAAAGGUGACGACCAAGAAAGAAAUAAAAGAACAUGAAAAACCCAAUAUUGAAACACUAUUAACAUUUUUGUCACUUCAAUCAUUUGAUGGCAAAUUUCAACCUAAAAAUGAAUUUUUUGAAUUUUUUGGAAAGAAUUCAUUGGAUGAAUUCAACUUUGAAAAUAAUUUUGAAAAUAAAGAUGAUAUGCAGCAAAAAGUGAAAUUAUGUACAAUUAUUGCAUUGAUUUAUUUGGAAGUGGUGAUGAUGAAGGAUUUUAAAGAUGAAUGUGAUAUUUGUUACAAAAAAUCUAAAAAAGCAUUAACAACUAAAUUUAAAGAUUAUAAUGAAGAGAAUGUCAAGAAUGUUAUGGACAGUGUUAGGAAAUGGAUGAAUGAUUGGAUCAAAGAAUAA